AUGGGAUACGACAUUUCCAUGGAUUUUAAAAGUUAUGAGUGCAGCUUGAUGGAAGACCUGUUGAGCACCGUGGCCGAGGGCAAGGUGUUUACCAAACUCGACCUCCGCGACGCGUACUUCCGCGUGUGGAUCAAGGAAGGUGAUGAGUGGAAAACGGAAUUCAACACGCCCAUGGGACAGUUUGAGUACUUAGAAGUCAAUCAGAACCCCCGGCUCUUGCCCAAUGUCACUUUGGGCUACAAUGUCUACGACAACUAUGAUGAUGCAAGUUUGACUUAUGAUGGCUUGUUCUACCUGCUCUCCUCUGGGCAAAAUAAUGUUCCAAACUAUCACUUCGGAAGAGAGAAGUCCCUCUUGGCUGUGGUUGAAAGGGAUGAGUCUGAAAUCUCCAUCCAGAUUUCACACCUGAUGGCCAUCUUCAAAAUCCCACAGGUCAGUUAUGGCUUUGUUUCCCACGCUCUUGAUGAUCCAAUUCAGUUCCCUUUUUUCUAUCGAAUGGUUCCAAAAGAGGAGGAGCACUACCCGGGGAUUGUCAAACUGCUAGUGCAUUUCCGGUGGCCGUGGAUCGGUCUCAUCGCAUCAGACACGGACAAUGGAGAACAAUUCCUGAGAUUCUUUCCUCCUCUGGCCAGCAGGAGAGGGGUUUGUGUGGCCUUCUCACUGACUUUCCCAACCUCAACUACAUUCGCAAUAGAUACAGACAAAUGGUUUUUGUCAUCAGAUGCAUUUCGCUUGUGGAAGGAGGUCAAUGUAUUUGUUUGUUAUGGGGAGCCACAAGUUUUGGUCCGGAUGUUUGUCCAUAUGCAAACACUAGCUGAAAUGUGGAUCAACCCCCCUGUGGGGAAAGUUUGGAUCACCACAGCUCUGUGGGACCUCACCCUCAGUUUUAUGAAGCCGUAUUUAACUUCUGAUCACAUCCAUGGUUUCUUUUCUUUUUCCAUGCUGACAAACGAAAGGUUAGAAUUUGUCACUUACGCAAUGUUGUACUCUUCUAUUGAGCAGUUUUGGGAGGAAGCAUUUCAUUGCGUGUAUUCCAAGCCCACUUUGUCUGUGAAAGGCCAAGUCAGCUGUGCAGAGAGAGAGAAUCUGGAGACCCUUUCCCAGGAUAUGAUCAAAACGAUCCUUUCUCGAGACAGUUACCUUACCUUCCAUGCUGUCCAUGCUGUGGCACGGGCCUUACACGCUGCUUACUCAUCGAGAUCCGAGCAGAUAUCCAGCAGGAACACCUUGGGACCCCGCCCUCUACAGCCCUGGCAGCUUCACUCUUUCCUGAGGAACGUCUCACUUUACAAUACUUCCAUGCGUGAAGCGCACUUGAAUAAGUACAGGGACAUUGCAGUAGAUUUUGACAUUGUGCAGUGGGUGGGAUUUCCAAAUGACUCCCACGGGGGAGUGAAAGUGGGGACUGCGGAGAGACAGCCAUCCGGAGAGCCUAAAAUCACCAUUGACCAGAAGGCUAUUAUGUGGCCCAAGCAGUUAAACCAGUCCACCCCCCGUUCGAGAUGUUCCGAGAGCUGUCAGCCUGGACAAGCCAAAGUGACUCAGGAAGGGAAGCCAUUUUGUUGCUAUGACUGUGUUCCAUGCCCGGAAGCAACCAUCUCCACAAAGGAAGAUUCAGACCAUUGUGACAAAUGUCCAGAGGAUCAGCAUCCAAACAGUGACCGAGAUAAAUGCGUGUUGAAGGCUAUAAUUGUGCUUUCCUAUGAAGAAUCUCUGGGGGUUACCCUAACUGUCAUUCCUCUGUUCUUGUUCCUACUCACUGGUGGCAUUUUAGGACUGUUCAUUAAAUUCCGAGAUACUCCAGUAGUCAAAGCCAACAACCGGGACCUCACCUACAUUCUCCUGGUUUCUCUCCUGCUCUCCUUCCUCUCCUCCUUUCUGUUUAUUGGCCAGCCAACAAAGGUGACAUGUCUCCUUCAACAAGCCACCUUCAGCAUCAUCUUCUCAAUCUCUGUCUCUUCUGUCUUGGCCAAAACCAUCACUGUGGUGGUGGCCUUCAUGGCAACAAAGCCAGGGAACAGGAUGAGGAAGUGGCUGGGCAAGAGUUUGGCCAACUCCAUCAUCAUCUCCUGUUCAAGUGUCCAAGUUGGCCUCUGCAUCCUCUGGCUGGGAACCUCUCCCCCCUUCCCAGAGUCCGACAUGCACUCCCAGGCUGGGCAGAUCACGCUGCAAUGCAAUGAAGGGUCUGUGGCCAUGUUUUAUGGUGCCCUGGGCUACAUGGGCUUCCUGGCUGCCGUCUCUUUCACGGUGGCUUUCCAGGCCAGGAAGCUGCCUGGGGCCUUCAACGAGGCCAAGCUGAUCACCUUCAGCAUGCUGGUGUUCUGCAGCGUGUGGGUGUCAUUUGUGCCCACCUACCUGAGCACGAAGGGGAAAUACAUGGUAGCCGUGCAGGUCUUCUCCAUGCUGGCCUCCAGUGCUGGACUGCUGGGUUGCAUCUUUAUUCCCAAAUGCUACAUUAUUAUAGUGAGGCCUGAUCUGAAUAGCAAGCAGCAUUUAAUGACAAAACUGAAUAGAUAA